AUGAUAAACCCUGAAGAACAACAGUUCAAGGAAGGGGAUCUGGUGUGGUGCAAUAAAAUUCCGUCCACAUGUGAAGAGGAAGAUGUUUUAUAUAUUUUAUGUCGUAUAAUAGAAAAAAAAAGUGAGGAUCACAUAAUAUUAACAAAAUAUGACAAUGAGACAAAUGGUUCUACGUUUGUGUGUGAAUCAAAACAUUUAUACAAUGCUAAUAAUAAUAAUCCAUUUUCAUUAGAUGAAGAUGAUAUGAUUAAAUUAAAACAUUUUAAUGAACCUACAGUAUUGUAUCAUUUGCAUGGGAGAUAUGAGAAAAAUAUUUUUUUUACAAAGAUGGGACCAUUAUUAAUUUAUGUGAAUCCUAUGGAAAAAGAAAAAAAUGAUGUGAAUAACACAUUUAAUAAAAUAAAUAAUAUUAAUGAUAUAUCUAAUGAUGUAAUAGAAAAGUAUAAAUAUAGCCAUUCUAGUGAUGAUGUAAAAUUGAAUGAAUAUUAUGUUGGUAUGAGUGCUUUAAAAUAUAUGAAUGUAUUAAAAAAGAAUCAAUCAAUUAUUAUAACAGGAGAAUCAGGAUCUGGUAAAAGUAAAAUAUUUAAUAGUUUAUUAAACUUUUUUAGUAAUGAAAGAAUAUUCCCUGUCAAAGAAAAGUUUGAAAUAAAGAAUAAUGAUAAUAUUAAUACAUCAGAAAUAUUAAAACAUGGUAGUAUUAUUAUGGAAGCACUUGGAAAUGCAAAGACUAGUAAAAAUAACAAUUGUAAUAGAUAUGCUAAAUAUUGUAUAUUACAAAUGGAUAAAGACAAAAUUAAACAUUUAUAUAUGAAAAAGUUUUUAUUUGAUAAAGAACGUUUAAUUAAUAGAAGAAGUGAUGAAAAUAACUUUCAUAUAUUUUAUUAUAUCUUAAAUGGAUCCCCAGAAAAUUUUAAGAAAAAAUAUUUUUUUAAAAAUUUAGAAGAUUAUAAUAUAUUUAAAAAUGAUUCUAUUCGUGAUAAUUCAAAUGAUGAACAAAAUUUCAUACAAUUAUUAACAUCAUUAAAUAUUCUCUUUGAUGAUGAUAAAAAACAAAUAGAUUUUUUCUUUUCCCUUUUGUCAGCUAUAUUAUUAUUAGGAAAUAUACAAAUGAUAAAAAGCCCCAAAAAAUCUUUAUUCCGUCAAAAUUUUAUUUGUGAAUUUCCAUCAAAUUAUAAACAAUUACAAGAGCAACUAGAAUCUGUAGAUGAGUCCCACAUAUGGAAUAUGUCAAAAAGAUCUUCAUCUAGUGCAUCAUAUGAUGAAGGAUCAUUUAAUUUACCAAAUAUGGAUUCCUCUGAAUAUCUGGACAAAAACACUUACAUCUUUUUAGUCGUUAGUAAACUGUUAGGUAUAGAUGCUGAAACGUUUUUAAAAUAUUUUACUUCCGGUUAUUUAUUAAAUGAGAUAAUAUUGAUGAAGGGGCAAAAUGAAAUGAAGGUGCAACAAAAAAUCGAUCGUUUUAUGAAAACAUGUUAUGAAGAAUUAUUAAACUGGGUUAUAUGUAAGAUUACUACAAAAUAUAAUGAUAACUUAAUAAAUAAUAAAGAAAAAGAGAUAAUACAAAAGAACGAAAUCUUUGAAAAUGAUAAGAGUGAAAAAAAUGAUAAUUACAUAAAUAUAUUGGAUAUCAUUUAUUUCGAGAACUUAAAAGAGAAUUCUUUAGAACAAUUUUUAAUAAAUACAACAAAUGAGUUUAUAUUAAAGGUAUAUACAGAUUUUUAUUAUAAGAAAAGGGAAAAUAUCUAUAAGCAAGAAGGGUUGGAAUUAUCAUGUGAUUCGAUCUAUAUAGAUAAUGAACAAUUAUAUAAAAUAUUAAUAUCUAAAGAAGGAUCUUUAUUUUCUCUGUUAGAAAAUAUAUGUACAAAAAAAUCUUUUGACAAAAGUAAUUUAUGUUCUACAAUUGUAAAUAGAUUUAUAAAAAAUCCAUAUAUUAAUGCGAAUUCAUUAGAAGUAAAUAAAGCGUUUAUAAUUAUUCAUUCAUAUAGUCGGAUAUCAUAUAAAACAGAACAUUUUAUUGAAAAGAAUGUAGACAUAUUAACACGUGGAUUUAUUGAAAUGAUAAAAAAAUCAGACAAUAAAUACAUGCAACAAUUUUGUAGUUCUUAUGAUUAUGAUACAAGUGGGAAAAUAAUGGAAGAGAAUAAAAGAUUUAGUGUUAAUAAAAAUUUUAAAUUAUUUAAAAAAGAAUAUGAUCCUAAUAAUCAAAUGGCUGUAACAUUAUUAAGGAAUAAUUUAUUAGAAUUAACCAAUUCGAUUGAAAAAAGUUUUUGUCACUUUAUUAUGUGUAUAAAUACAUGCAGGAAAAAAAUCAGUACUGAAAUGGUUCCUCAUUUUGAUAAGAAGCUUGUGUUAAGUCAGAUUACAAAUUUUCAUAUGAUGAUAGAAGCAGAUCAGUUUAAGGAUGAAUAUUUUCCUCACAUGUUUUCCUUUUUCGAAUUUGUACAAAUUUUUAAAUGUUUAAAGAAUUACAAGAAAAGAAAUCAUGAGGGCGAUGAUAUUCAUGUAGAUGAAAAUGUGAAUAACAUGGAAAAUAUGUAUCAUACAAAUAAUCCUUUUGAUAAUGUAGAAUUAAAUGAUAAUAAAACAGUAUGUGAACAAAUAUUGGGAUAUAUGAAAAUAGGAGAAAAGAAUUGGACAAUCGGAAAAAAUAUGAUAUUCCUUAAUGAGAAAUCUAUUAAUAUAUUAGUUGAUUCAGUAUAUUACAUGUCGUUAAAUUCUUUAGAAAAUGAAAGUAGAAAAGAACAAUUUUCUGAUUUGAAAGAAAUGAUGGAACAAAAUGAAAAAGGACACAAAUAUGAGAAGAUGGAAUUGGAAUAUAUAAAUAUGGAUUAUGAAAAUGUGGAGAUACAAAUGGAAGAAAAUGAUCAUCAAUCAUAUUUAAAUUGUGAAAACAAAAAUGUUGAUACGAUUAAAGAGACAAAUGUAGAAAUAAAAAUCGGAAGUUAUAAUACAGAGUUAAAUAAUAAAAGAGUUGACCAUGAUAUUGUGGAUAAUAAAUAUGAUUGGAAUGAUAAUGUUCAUAGAAAGAGUAGUACAAAUAUAUCAUAUAAUGAUUAUGAAAAUAUACAAGGAGGGUUGUUAAAAGUUAAUUUAAAAAAGGGAGAUAAUACUUCUCUCUCGGAUAUGGAAGAAGAAUAUGUAAAUGUAAAUGAUAAGGAAGAAAACAUCAGGAGGAUGUCAAACGAGACAGAUAAAAAAGGAAGUAAAGUGAAAAGGAAGAGUAGCUUACUUAGAUUAUCCACAAGUUUGAGAAGUUCUUUCCAGAAAAUGAAAAAGAGCAAAUUGAAUGAGAAGGGGGAAAAGGUAAAAGAGAACGUAAGCGAAAAUGUAAGCGAAAAUGUAAGCGAAAAGGUAAGCGAAAAUGUAAGCGAAAAUGUAGGCGAAAAUGUAGGCGAAAAUGUAAGCGAAAAGGUAAGCGAAAAUGUAAGCGAAAAUGUAGGCGAAAAGGUAAGCGAAAAUGUUUGUGAGGAGAAGGAUGAUGGUUAUGGAGUUAUGAAUUUUUUGAACAACAUCAAUUUUUAUAAAAAAGGAUUGAAAGAAUUAAACAAUGCUAUAAAAAAUUUUAAUCCAAUCAAUGGAAAACUCAAAAAGGAUAAGUUUUUUAAUAUGGGAAUUCAUAAUUUUUAUAACAAAAAGAAGAAUUUCUUCUUAGACUCCAAAAGGGGAAGCGAUGCUAGUAAGAAGGGGGAGGAAAAUAAAAAUGAAGAAGAUAAUAUGGAUGUGGAAGAUAAUAAAGGUGAAGAAGAUAAUAUAGAUGUGGAGGAAAAUAAAAAUGAAGAAGAUAAUAAAAAUGUGGAGGAAAAUAAAAAUGAAGAAGAUAAUAAAAAUGUGGAGGAAAAUAAAAAUGUGGAAGAUAAUUUAAAUGUGGAAGAUAAUUUAAAUGUGGAAGAUAAUUUAAAUGUGGAAGAUAAUAAAAAUGAAGAAGUUAAUAUAUAUGUGGAAGAAAAUAAAAAUGAAGAAGAUAAUAUAGAUGAAGAAGUUAAUAUAUAUGUGGAAGAAAAUAAAAAUGAAGAAGUUAAUAUAUAUGUGGAAGAUAAUUUAAAUGUGGAAGAAAGUAAAGAUAUAGAAGUACAAAGUGAUGAACAAAAAAUAGAUGAAAAUUAUGACGAGGAUGCAAAAAGUAACAUUAUAGAGGAUAUGAAUGAAGAUCAAAAAAUAGAUAAAAAUAAUGAAGAAGAUAUAAAAGAUUAUGUUAUAGAAGAUAUAAAUAAGGAACAAAAUAAUUAUAAUCAAAUGUUUAAAGUUGAGGAUAAUAAUAUUAUCGAUUUAGACUACGUUGAUUUAUCAAACAUUGAAAAAUGUAUGAAUGAAGAAGAUACAAAUAAUAUGGAUGAGGAUGAAAAAAAUAAUAUGAAAGAUGAUAUAAAUGAGGAACAAAAUAACAAUGAUGAAAUUUAUAAAAGUGAUGAUCAUGUUGUUAAUUUAGAUAAUACUAAAAAGGAUGUAAAUCAAAAUGAUAAGAGUAAUGUGACAGAGGAACUUGAAAAUAUGAACUGCAUGAAGGUAAAAACUGAAGAUGAUAAGAGGGAAGGCACGGAAAUGUGUGAAGUGAAGGAAAAUAAGCCUGAUGAUAACCAAAUAAAUAAUGUUCAGAAGAAGAAAAAAAAAAAAAGAAGAAGAAAAAAGAAGAAAAAGAGCCCUCUAAAUAAUGUGGAGGAUAAGCGCAUGGUGGAUAACGAUGUGACGGAAAAGGACAUAUCGGAUGAAAAAUAUAUGAUAGAUGAUGAUAAUAAUAUGAUGAACCCUGAUAAUGUAACAAAUGUUAAUAAAGACAUUUUAAAUAUUGAAAAUGUUAUGAUAUAUGACUACCAUAAUGUACCAGACCAUGAUAAUAUGAUGAAUGAGAAAAAAAUGGAUAAUAUGGAAAAUGAAUAUGACAAAAUAAAAGAAGAAAAAAAAGAUGAUAUGGAAAAUGAAUAUGACAAAAUAAAAGAAGAAAAAAAAGAUGAUAUAGAAAGUGAAUAUGAUAAAAUAAAAGAAGAAAAAAAAGAUGAGAUAGAAGGUGAAUAUGAUAAAAUAAGAGAAGAAAAAAUAGAUGAAAUAGAAGGUGAAUAUGAUAAAAUAAAAGAAGAAAAUAUAGAUGAGAUAGAAAGUGAAUAUGAUAAAAUAAAAGAAGAAAAAAUAGAUGAGAUAGAAAGUGAAUAUGACAAAAUAAAAGAAGAAAAAAAAGAUGAUAUAGAAAGUGAAUAUGAUAAAAUAAAAGAAGAAAAAAUAGAUGAGAUAGAAAUUGAAUAUGAUAAAAUAAGAGAAGAAAAAAUGGAUGAGAUAGAAUUAGAUAAUAAAGAAAACAUGGAAGAUCAGAAAGAGGAGGAAUAUGUAGAGGAAACUAAAAUAAGAGAUGAUAAAAUAAGAGAAGAAAAAAUAAGAGAAGAAAAAAUGGAUGAGAUAGAAUUAGAUAAUAAAGAAAAUAUGGAAGAUCAGAAAGAGGAGGAAUAUGUAGAGGAAACUAAAAUAAGAGAUGAUAAAAUAAGAGAUGACAAAAUAAGAGAAGAAAAAAUGGAUGAGAUAGAAUUAGAUAAUAAAGAAAACAUGGAAGAUCAGAAAGAGGAGGAAUAUGUAGAGGACACUAAAAUAAGAGAUGAUGAAAUAUAUUAUGAUAAAAUGGGUGAUGUGGAGAAAAAUAAAUCAACUAGUAAUAUUGGUAUAGAAUUAUAUGAUAAUGAAAAAAAUAGUGAUGAUAGCUGUGUGCAUAAUGAAGAUUCAAACAACUUGACAAAAUGUGAUGAAGAAGAUUGCCUUGAUGAGAAUACAAAGGAUUGUUAUGAUGAUUAUAUGGAUGAGAAUUAUAUAGAUUUUAACUUUAGUUGUGUUAAGGCUAUAACUUUAAAUAAAUUAGGAAAUAUGAAUGAGCUAUCAUGUUAUAAAAAUGAUGAAAAUGAUAUUAUACAAACGUUGUUUGAUUAUUAUGAUUGUUCAUAUGACAAGGCAUAUGAAAAUUGUUUUUUUGAAAAUAGAUGGGAUGAUAUUGUUGAAGAAGAAGAUUCUUUUAUUUUUUUAAAUGUAUAUAAUAACAAAGAGAUGAGUAAUUUGAGAAAUUCCGAAAAUAAAGAUAUGUUAUUAAAUCAUUUAAAUGAUAUAUAUAUAUGUAAAAAUAAUGAGAAACAACAUGUAAUGAAGAUUAUUAAAAGAAUGAAAAAUGCUAUGGAAAAGGUGCAUGGGAAUAAGUGGAAUAUACUAUUCAGUUUUUCUGAUUGUUCUAUAAGAUCAUUUAUACAUAAUAAAGAUAAUGUGCAUAUUGAAAAGAAUGUUGAUUUAUUAAAAGAUAAAAUAUUAUUUUAUAAUGAAGAAUAUUGUAUAUAUAAUAAUAAAGAAAAUGAAUUAACUGAAUAUAAAUAUAAUAAUCCUAUUGUAGAAUAUGUUGCAUUACCAAGAAAUAAAGAGGUACAUGAAAUAUGUAUAUCAAAUAAUAUACAUAAAAACUUUAUUAAAAAUAAUUAUAAAAUUAUGUGUUUUCAGCCAACAAAAAUAUCAUACAAGGAUUUCUUAAAAUCCAAAUUAUUUUAUAAAUCUAUAAAUUAUACAAAUUUCCAAACACGAAACAUAACACAGGUAACUAUUGAUUUCUCUUAUAUGGAUGAUAAAAUGAAAAACAAUUUUAAACAACAUGUAAUAAAUGAAUUUGUAAAUAAUCCCAACAUAACUAAGGAAGAUUUAUCAAAUAGUUUAUUCCAUUUGGCAACAUAUUUCUAUCAUGAAAAAAAUAAAGAACCAGGAACGUGGUGUGUGUUCAUAUCUGAGGAAAAGGGUUUUGCUGGUGCAGUUAAUAUAGUAAAAAAUAAAUAUUUACGAAUGACAGCUCAAAAUAAAAAUAAAAGAUAUAACAUCCUUGUAUUCAAAACGCCAGCAUUGUAA